AUUUUCUUAAAAAAAAAAAAAACGGCCUGUAGGUGGAUAUAUUUUGCACAUUACAAUGCACGUGUAGCUCCGAGAGUGCACUUUAUUGACGUUGCUUUUUUUUAAAAACGAGCAAUAUUCUUCCAAUCGAAAGCAGUAUUAAUCCUCUCAAUAACUGUUGAACCGAAACAUACAAGUAACUAGAUAGAUAUACCUUGAGAUCCCUCAUUCCAAUAUAAAGCUACACACAGUCUGUGACAUGACUCCUAUACACAUCCUGCUCCUUUUUCUCUCCUGCACAUUAUUUGUGCACCAGUGCAACGGAGCGUGUGCGGAGCCCGACUCGGACACAGAGGCGGGGGUGGGCCAAGGCUUUAAACUGGGCUGCAUCUCCUGCAAGAGAAGAAGUGAGGUCAAAGCCAGCGCCACUGUUGAAUGGUACUUCAAGGCCAAAGGAGAGGUGGACUUUGUGCAGAUCUACACCUUCAGUGAGAUGGGCCCCACGAUUGAAAACGAACACUUCAUGGACCGUCUGGAUUGGAACGGGAGCAAGCGGAGCAACGACAUCCAAGACGCGUCCAUCUAUAUUCUCAACGUCACCUUAAAUGACUCGGGCACAUACCGCUGCUUCUUCAACCGCAUCCUGACCUAUGAAAACUACGAAUUCACCACCGUUGUCAGCAAAGUGGUCUACCUCACAGUGGUGGAUAAAGCCACCAGAGGUACAGCCUCCAUCGUGUCCGAAGUCAUGAUGUACGUGUCCAUCAUCGGCCUGCAGGUGUGGCUCCUCAUCGAGAUGAUCUACUGCUACAGGAAAAUAGCGGCGGCCGGGGAGGAAGCGCUAAGAGAAGCCGCGAAUGCUGAAUAUUUAGCGAUAGCUUCCGAGAGUAAAGACAACUGUGCAGGGGCGCAGGUUGGAGAAUAGCCAAGGCUUCUAUUUUGGACUCCAAUACACAUCGCCAACUGCAUGACAACAACUUGCGGAAAAAAGACAUCUUCAUCUCAAGUCUUCUCUUUGAUCUUUUCCUUUCCUUGAUAUUGACCUAAAAAAAAUGAAGCACAGGACCUUGGUACCAGCACUGUUGAAAUACUGUAGUUUGCGACGCACACAAGCAAAGCAGCACUUGGAUGAGAAACCCAUUAUGCAUGAAUGAGCCAUUGUUUCAAGUCAUACAAAAAGUACUAUGGAGACCUCAUAUAUAUUUAGAUAAGAUACACAACACUGCGGAAGCCUGAAGGACUCUGUGGUUGAAUAAAAAUAAUCUUGAUUUGAACAGACAAAACUGUGAUAAACUCCAGGCAUUUUCGUAAGAAAGGGGGUCUGCAUUCUCUGUCGCUGGAUGGUCUGACCCCGAAACAGUAAUUUAAAGGGUACAAAAUGGAGGCCUCGAAACUCUUGAGGAAAAUGAGGGAUGCACCUUUUGGAGUUGGAAAGAUGGCUCAGACAAAACAACACAAGCACAGGACACUUUCAAAUAGUUUAAGACGUCUGGUCCAACAUGUCACCAGCAUUGUGGGUUUGGGCUUUACUAAGCAACUCGGCGGACACGUCUUCAUUCAAGAACAAACCGGACUAUUUAUUGCAUUCAUACAACUAUCAUCCUAUGGUUCACCCUUGAUGGCUGUACCACAUUUGAGGCUACUCUAUAGCCCCUCCAUACUCCCCGAAGAGCUUCUUGGCAACAACAUGCUGGGCCUCCUCAAUAAGUCUGCAACGGAAGAAUGUUGCUUGAAGUGCUCUCUGUGAAACCUACCUGUAUUUUCACAUCAUAUCGAACUCAUUGCGAAUUUAUCAAAAAGCAAUGUUUGAGCUGGCAUAAUUCUGUCAACUGCUUAGAGUUAGCAUGAGUAAAACCUUUAUCAACCGGAGAUUAAUAAAGAUUAGUGACACUCA